CGGGAGCACUUGAACGCAUCACACCCGCUUUCUUGGAAACAACUUGUGAUCAGUUUUGAGAAUAAAGAACAAAAACACGAUAUUUAAUAUCUGAGUCAUCCUCUCCUUGUGUCCAGGCGGUUGUGAAACGUGUUUCCAGGAAAUAGACGGAGACCAAAACGUUCCUUUAUGGAGAAAAACAACCACAACAACAAAACAAAACAAAACCAAAAAAAAAAAAAAAAAUCACCUGCGGAGGAUUUUUAAUCACAACCCAGAGCUGGAGAGAACAGGAACAACAUGAGCGUGAAGUCUGGGAGGAGUUUGAGGAGACUGAGUCCAGCUGCUGCCUCCAGAUCACAUCACUACACACCGGGCUGCAGACUCACUCAGGACACAUCUGACUGUCUGUCUGUGUGGUGAAUGGAGGACAGAUGUGAUGUCUCCGUCCUGCUCCUGAUCCCGAGGAGAUAAACCUGCAUCACAGUCUGACACGUUUGUGAACGAUGCGAGCAGAGACAGCAGCUCAGACCGAGCAGCUCGCAGCACAGCACACCUUCCACCGAGCCUGGAGGAGCUGAGAUGAAGAGCUGAGUCUGAGGAAGUUCCCCCUGAGAAACAAGAGGUGGCCGUCAUGUCUCUGUGGAUGAUCCUCCCCGUCAGCCUGCCAGUCUUCACCAUCACUGGAAUAUGGGUCGUAUAUGCGAUGGCCCUGUACAACCAGCACGUCUGCCCCGUGCACAACUGGCUUUAUAACGAGUCCUGCGAGGAGCCUCUUCCACUGCAGAGGGGUCCCGUCCUGUGCUGCACGCUGGACAACAUCCCACUCAUCAGUAAAUGUGGAACUCUCCCGCCUGAAAGCUGCUUUUUCAGCCUGAUCUGCAGCACCGGCUCCUUCAUGGUGAUGCUGAUCGGUCUGCUGCGCUACGCUCACGUCAUAGAGAAGCACCAGAACUGCGUCCUCAACACGGCCGGACUCUCCACCGCCUGGAUCUGCGCCGCCGGCCUCAUCAUGGUGGGAAACUUCCAGGUGGAUUUUGCUAAAGUGCUGCACUACGUCGGCGCUGGCGUGGCGUUCCCCUCCAGCAUGCUGUUUGUGUGUCUGCAGUCGGCUCUGACCUACAGACUGGCCAAAACCCAGGAGGAGUACCGGAUAGGUCACGUCCGAGUCGGGAUGACCCUGCUGGCUCUGAUCGCCCUGGUGCUCAGUGGGGUUUUCUUCUGCCAGGAGAGCUCCGCCCUGCAGCACGCCUCCGCCAUCUUUGAGUGGGUCUACUGCAUGCUCAUCAUGAUCUUCUACGGGACGUUCGCCUUCGAGUUCGGGGGCAUGUCGGGCGACACCCUGAUGGUCCUGUCCAGAGGGGGAGGCGUGUCGAGCUUCUCCGAACACAAGACGGAGGUCGGCUCCAACCACCGCCAGCCGGAGAGCUUCUCGAUGCUGAGCCGGGCGUGAGCAUCGCUGGAGGUCAAAGGGCGACACACGGAGACACUGAGGUGGUUUGUUUAUCGCCUGGACGCUGCAGAUCCUCACGCUCACUGUCGCACACAGCCGUGACCAAAGACUGACGGACAUUUGCACAGUAACGUAGCUGGAAGUGCCUUUUUUUUUUUUGUUGUUUUUUUUCUGAACACAAAGGCAGCAGAGAGUCACACAUGUGCACACUCACGCACGCAGGCCUCUGUUUGUUUGGAUCCUCCGAGUGAAACAAUCGCUCUCUGAACUCCCGUCGUUUUAUCAGAUCCCUCAGAAGUCACUCCUGGCUGGGCUGAGAGCUCGGACACCGAGCUCGUUAUUGUUUUCUACUCAGGAAGUUUUGUUACAUAACCGGCUCUCGCUCUUUACCUCACGUGUAGGUGAAGGUGUCCAAAAAAACGUCCCGACAGUAGAUGAAAGUUACUCAGUGCCAAGAAUAAUAUGUUUCUUUUAAUGUAGUUAAAAAAAAAAAAAGUCUAUCGGACCAUUUUUACUGCAAAGUUUAUCUUGUGAUUGGAGUUAUAGUAGUAGAUGUUUAAUAUCGCUCACAUAAGCUCUGUUGUAUAUUUCUUUUGUAUCUUUCAGCUCUCUGCCAAAGACUUUCCGUCGCUGCUCUCAGACAGUUUUUUUUGUCAUGCUGUAUUUGAUCAUAUUCAGAAAGAAACCUUUAUAAGAAAAUAAAGUAUGCAGAAAACAAAACAAUGAA